UGGAUGGGAUGACAGAUCCCGAUCCGAGCGGGAUGGAUGGACGACUGCCAGGAGUGAGCGAGGGGGAGCAAGUGGAGAAUGGUUGGGGUCACAAGCCAGGUUCAGCAGGUAGCGGGCAGCGUGGUACAGAGGGUCAGGCAGAGGGAUGGUCAGGAACGAGCCGGGGUCAGAGCAGGAGAGGGUCAGCGUAAUCAGAACAGGCAGAGUUUGGCAACAAGGAAACGUACUAGCAGGAAA